UCUUUCCCCUCUGGAUUACGACGAGUCCAUAUGAGAGGAUUCAAACUAAGAAAAUGAAACCGUGGCAAUAAAAUUCAAUCGGCUAGAAAGUAGCAUUUGAAAUUAGGACUAUAUUCUUAAAAAAGAAAAAGAAAAAGAAACUGGGUCAACUAUCAAACUAUAAAUAAGGCUCAACAUCCAACUUUCCUAAUCAAUAAUCUCAUAAACGUUUCUUGUAUUAUUCAAAGUUCGAAGCCAGAUAAAGAGUUGAAAGGAUGAGUGUGGAAUUGUUGGACAGUGGCACCAUUGUUAACUUCGUUGAAGAUGAAGAAGCAUUCCACGUCUCAAUACGAGACCGGUUUGCUCACCUGGACGCCGAUCAUGAUGGGCUACUGUCUUAUUCGGAGUUGUUGAAGGAAUUGCAGAGCUUGAGGGUGUUGGAAACUCACUUCGGCAUCGACGUUCAAACGGACCCAAAGGAACUCGCUCACGUUUACAAAUCACUUUUCGUGCAGUUCGAUCAUGACUCUAACGGGACAGUGGAUUUGGAGGAGUUCAAGUCGGAGACCAAGCGGAUGAUGCUUGCUAUGGCGAAUGGGAUGGGAUUUUUGCCUGUUCAAAUGGUGUUGGAAGAAGGCAGCUUUUUGAAGAUUGCAGUGGAGCGCGAAUCCAACAAACUUGGCCUUGCUGCUUAAAUCCUUAUUUCUUUCAACAACAGAUAUACUGUUUUGUUUUUACAGCAUUUUCCUCCUACGUUUUACAAUUCCAACUACUGAUUGCCUGCUGAAUAAAUGAACUCUGUUUCAUGA